AUGUUUGCUCUCCUCUUCCUCUUCAUAGCGCUGGCUUGCGCCUACCCCAACCGGGGUCCUUGUACAGGCAAUUGCUUUGCCCAUGACCCGGGCAUGAUCCAGCGGGCCUCGGAUGGCAAAUACUUCCGCUUUUCCACGGGGAAUGGCAUUUCAAUCAUGACCUCCAACUCGCUCCGAGGGCCGUGGGAAGCUGACGGUGUUGUCCUGCCCGAUGGCACCAAGAUCCACCUGGACGGCGUCGACAACAAGAAGGACCUUUGGGCUCCCGAUGUGCACUAUCAGGAUGACACCUACUACAUGUACUAUGUGACCUCGCAGAUCGGCACCCGCAACUCGCAGAUUGGCGUGGCCACCUCCAAGACCAUGGAGAAGGGCUCCUGGACCGACCAUGGUGCCGUGGGCAUCCCCGCCAACGACGCCUACAACCGCAUUGACCCCAACUGGAUCACCAUCAACGGCAAGCAGUACCUCAACUUCGGCUCCUUCUGGAACGACCUCUACCAGGUCGAGAUGGAGAGCCCCCUCAAGAUCGGCUCCGCUACUCCCCACCAGAUCGCCUUCAACGAGACCCUCAACCACCGCGAGGAGGCUGCUUUCAUGUUCCAGCACGGUGACUUCUACUACCUCACCUACUCGUCUGGCCUGGCUGGUGGCUACACGGCUGACUACCCGGCCACCGGCGCCGAGUACGAGAUCAAGGUGUGCCGGUCGAAGACUGGAACGGGUGAAUUUGUCGACAAGGAGGGUACUUCCUGCCAGAAGAGCGGUGGCUCGAACCUGCUCUCGAGCCACGGCCAAGUCUACGCACCCGGUGGACAGGGCGUCAUCCAAGACCAGCACCUUGGCCCAGUCCUGUACUACCACUACUACCCCCUGAACAAGAAGAACGAGAACAAGCAGCCCGACACCUCCGGCUACGCGUACGGCUGGAACGAGCUGGCUUGGGAGAACGGAUGGCCCGUGGUGAAAUAA